AAUACCAGCCAAAUUUGAAAUUUAAGGAUAUGCUAUAUUCAAGAACUUACCGUUAUAAGGAACGCUAGACAAUGUAAGCACCAAAAGCACAAUCAGAAGAUCAGUACAUCCAAGCAGUUAUUCACUGCAGAUUUCAGAGUACAUCAGCUCAACGACAUAUUUCUUGUCCAGGAGAAGCAAAAAAGAAUUCAAAGAUAGUGUCUGCAGUACUAGUCGAACGGUCAAAAUAAUUGCUAAACAACAAUUCUUGCACAGAACCGUAGAGCGGAAGGACUUUGCUUCAUUCAUCUGCCAAUGUGUCAUCCUCAGGAGACGAUGGAUCUACACUGGGGGCAGCAGGUGCCAGGUGGUGAUGUUGCUGCUGGAUUAUUAUCAGUUAUCCAAAAUGGAGGAAUUCUUUUAUCGUCAUCCUUCAUUCUCUUAGCAUACUUGUUGAUGCAAAAACCUGCAUCAUCUUUUCCAACAAAUGCAGACUCCACCACUUCCAUGUCAAACAAAUCAUCCGUGACACUUCGUACUAGUUUCUGCCUCCAUCACAACAUCUCCCUUCAUCACAAAUUAAGAAACGCUAACGGAGUAUAUAUUUUGAGUCUUUCACAACCAUGAUUCCAUGAACGCUCAAAAGCUUGAAAAAUCUACCGGCAAACGCACAAGAGAACAGAGAACUCCAGACGUGGAUGCUAACAAUGCAUGGUCAUUAUCCAGCGAAUUUCUUCAGGUUUGUAUUCCUUUCGCCACUUUAGGGUCGCUUUAAGCAUUUUAACAGCCUUAUUAACGUUCCAGUUUCGUGCCCUUAACUAUCUUGAAAUCGAUGCAUCGGAAUAAAAGGGCUAAUUUACGAAAUUGUGGCCCUAUUAAACUUCUCAGUUCUCACCUCGUUAAUCUGAAAAUAUGGGAAAGUAUAUAAGCAUGAAAUAAUAGGUUUUUCAACAACGGUUUUAGGACUGAAAUACCUUUCCCUGCUUCAAUUCUGGAGCCAAAGAACCGUCGCAGCAAUUUGGAGCUGUUUUAUUUAACUCAGAGCUCAUUAUUCUCAAUGCUUCGGUAGGAACUAUUCUCCCAAGUAAUUAAGGGGGUGUAUUCAAUUGGAACUUUUAAAAACUUUGAUAGGCUUUUUUUAAGCGAUGAGUUUCGUGGAUUUCGUGGAUCUUUUAUAGAUUUGUAUGGAAUUAGUGGAAGUCUUUCGUAGACUUCCAUGCACUUUCAUUUUAAAAUUUUUAUAGACUUUUGUAGAAUUCAAAAGAUUUUUGAAGACUUUUAUUUGAAAUAGAAUUCACGUGAAUUUAGUACAAUUGCGUG